AUGUAUCCCGGCAGCAGGCGUUCCUCUCGCAGCCCCUCGGUCUACGGACCACCAUCGCCCAUGCGAGAGUGGUCCCCGAGCGUCUUCUACGGCGGCGGCGAUCCCCUCAACGGCGGCCACCACCGAGUCUCCCCCUCGCCUCCUUCCUCUCGUCGAGCCAGCGUCAGCAGCCAUGGCAGUCGCCACAGCCCCACGCGAGAGUGGUCUCCAAUCGUGUUUUUCGGCGGCGGCGAUCCCCUCUCCGGCGGCUUCCACGGCCUCUCCCCUUCGCCGCCUGGCUCCCGCCGAAGCAGCGUCAGCAGCCAUGGCAGCCACCACAGCCGUCACAGCAGCCACCACAGCGACCACGGGAGCCACCACAGCAGCCGCCACAGCAGCCGCCACAGCAGCCCGCUCCACGAUGUCCCACCACCAGGUUCUCCGCACAGCCGUCGUUCCUCCCGAUCCUCCUCCUCAAGCGCCUCCUCCCCGCCGGGCCUCUUCGCUGGCCCCGUGCCGGACAGCAGCAGCCUCUCGCACCGCCGCUACGCGCCGAACUUCGCCUCCUCCUUCGGCGCCUUCUCCGUGGAUCCGGCCGUCCGCGAUCCGCCGCCGAUGACCGGGCCCCGCGGCCCCAAACGACCUUACGUUCGGACCGGCACCCGGGCCAUCAGCCCCCUGCGAGCGCCCGUCAACGGGGACAUCUUCGCGCCGAAUGUCACGCCGGGCUCGUUUCAGCGCGCGGGCCUCAAUCAUCUCAACGACGGCUCGUGGAAGAGACGUCUCGAUCCGACGGAGUCUGAGAGAGCGCCCCGUAGACGCCGCUAG